AUGGAGAUAUCCACUAUUCCUAUUCAUUUGAUGUUUGGAGAUAAAGGGUUUGCUUUCCCUGAUUUGAUACCGGCAACACAACUUCAAUUGGAUUAUCAUAUAACACAAAUGUACCCAUCAAGCCCAUUCAGGCUUCAAUUGGUUGAUAAUUUAAAGUCCAGUUUACAAGUUGGUGGGACAAUCAAUAUCAAUGACUGGGGGAAGAACAACUAUGUAGUUGAAUUAGUGCACGGCGAAGAGAACGAAAUCUUCCUUGAUCCAAAUUUAAUGAAGGUUACCUUAUUUUACACUUUGGCAUCAAUACAUUCGAACGACUUACCAUUCCUUGUGACUCAAACAAUCAUGGAUCAUCUUUCGAUAGCAGAGCUUACA